AUGGAAGCGAUGCUCUCGCCUCUGCGUUCUAGCACGUGGCUAGCCAACAAGGAAAACCAACAACUAUACCCCAUCUUGAGGAACUUUCACCAUGCUAUGUCAAGCAUCGAGCGAGACAAGAUCUACGCGCUCCUCGGCCUCUGUGGGCCCUCCAAUACCAAACAGCUCGUAACCGAUUAUACAAUACACGAAUCCGAGGUUGUGCGAAAUACAACCGCAUAUAUCUGCGGUUGUGACGUGCAAUGCUUGCCUCUAACUCCAUCUGAUACUAUCAAGUCGUUUCUGGACAACUUGGCAACAUUGCACUCGAGGACAUUCAGUCUACUUCUCAGAUCAACAGACGUACGUGCGAUGCAGGGCGUAAUGUUCAUACUUCGCGAAAGGCAUCAGUAUUUUAACUUCACCACUACAAUGAUGGAGGAUGCCGCACGAAACGAAGUCUAUGGAGCAGCAAUGAUCCAGUCAUUAUUAGAACGAGGUCCUCAGGAUGGACUGCCGGAACGGGUAGUGUUAGGUGCCGUGCAGAAUCGACAACAAGGUGCAGCAAUCAUGGAGGUCCUCAGCAAGACCAGGGAGGGGCAGUUCGAGCUUUCCGAACAGUUGGCCGCCAGUAUCCUCCAGAACGAGACUCAACGUUACGCCAUUACAAGGCUGCUUGCUGAACGCGACCAGCAGUCUAUGUCCACCCACGAGGCCAAGAUCUUUCAAAGACUAUUACGGUCAAGCCAGCCUUGGGAGAUGUUGUUCUCUCUUUUCAGUAGAUGGGGUACCGAGCUAGGAAUGUCGAAAGAAGUCAUCGCUACUGCUGUCAACAGUUACCCCGACAACGGGCCUGCAAUGCUGCAAGCCUUUCUACAGACGGGUAGCUGGGAAGCUAUUAGGGACGCACUUUUGUUCGCCGCCGUACAGCACUCCACAAAUUCGUGCAGUGUCAUGAUGUCAAUACUCAAGCAUCGUCAUCGUCGCGAUCAGGACCCAUGCUCGGACACAAUGCUGGCAUAUUUGCUGAAGCACCAUCAUGAGGAAUCGAUGUAUCUUGACAUUUUCGUACAUGGUGCGGCCGCCGGAGCGAUGGCGAAGAUCAUCAACGAGAGCGAGUCGCCAGGACUCUGGGGGUUCCUUCGCCCACCUCCAAGCCUCGUGCAAGAGGUCGAACCGCAACGUCCCAAAUCAUCAACCGACCCUGGGCAACCAUCGCUAUGGUGGGCGAUUCGCCACGGAGAAGUGCUCCUCGUUGAAGCCUUGGUGCGCAAAGGAGCCAGCCUAGCAAUUCAGCAUCCAGAAUACGGCACGCCCCUUACUCACGCGGCGUUGUACGCCUGUGAAAAAUGGUCAGCCGGCUCUUACUUGAGGAACAACACACGCAGGCUGCUGCAGCUGUGUCAUCGCGAGUAA